UUCCAUUCUGUCUGCCCGCACGGGCUUCGUCGAGGACGUGUUCUGGGCCAUCCGCGGCUGUGGUGUGGCAGACGACCCCGUACUGCCGUCCCUGCGUCGCCGGUCCCCCCGGCUCGUACCGAGUGGCAGCUCUCUAAUGGCUGCCUGAGGAGAGCGGGGAGCUGCCUAGCGCCUGUGCCGUCCUUUCGGCCGUGAAGGGCUCUCUUGCCGUGUAGAAAGCAACUCUGCAACAUGACAUUUGAAGAUUUUGAGAACUACUCGUACUUCUAUGACCUGUCUGAGGAAGAUGAGUCACCCCAGUCUUCCCUCAGCAUUGCCCAUAUAAUUUCCCUUUCCUUGUACAGUGUGGCAUUUCUGCUGGGAGUGCCAGGUAAUGCCAUCGUCAUCUGGUUUAUGGGCUUUAAGUGGGAUAAAUCUGUCUCUACACUCUGGUUCCUCAAUCUGGCCAUUGCGGAUUUCAUUUUUGUUCUAUUCCUGCCCCUCUAUAUUACAUAUGUGGCAAUGGGCUUCCACUGGCCUUUUGGGAAGUGGCUCUGCAAAAUGAACUCAUUCAUUGCACUACUUAAUAUGUUUGCCAGUGUUUUCUUCCUGACAUUCAUCAGCCUUGACCGCUACAUCCGCCUUGUCCAUCCAGUCUUUUCCUACAAGUAUCGGACUGUACGGAACACGCUCAUUCUUAGCGGGAUCAUUUGGAUGUCAGCUGCAAUUAUUGGUGGCCCUGCCUUAUACUUUAGAGACACAGUUACAGUCCUCAAUAAUGUCACCAUUUGCUACAACAACUUCCACGUGCAUAACAGAGAACUUAUUUUGCUGACACAUCACAUUCUCAUUUGGGUGAGGCUUGCAUUUGGUUACCUCUUUCCUCUAGUGACCAUGGUCAUUUGCUACUCAUUGCUGAUUGUCAAAGUGAAGAGGAGAACUGUAUUGACUUCCAGCAGGCUUUUCUGGACCAUCAUUGCUGUAGUUGUAGCUUUUUUUGUUUGCUGGACACCAUAUCACAUAUUCAGCAUCGUGGAGCUGUCAGCUCACCAUGAUGAAAACUUGCACGACUUACUGCAGGAUGGCAUUCCCCUCUCCACCAGCCUUGGCUUCAUCAACAGUUGCCUCAAUCCAAUCCUUUAUGUUCUGAUUAGCAAAAAGUUCCAGGCCGAGGUCAAGACUACAGUCUCUGAGGUGCUGAAGUUGGCACUGUGGGAGAUGAGCCGCUCUGGAACUGUCAGCGAGCAGCUGUGGAGCUCGGACAACACCCAUGCGCCUGUGCACUAUUGUGAAACUGCCCAGUGACUGCUCCUGUCACCAUCCCUCUCCAAAACAGCUGGCAGGAGAUUUGGAGGUGUUCUUGACUUUGCAUCUGUCAGUCAGAUGUGCAUCUUUGCAUCUACAGUUGUAUGUAAACAGCUGGCUUCCUUGUACUCACUGCUAUCCUUGAAAAGGUUAUAAAGGACACACUGCUUGGGUGUGGUGAGCUUGCAGUGCACACACAGCCUGAACUGAAAGUUGUUAGCAUAAGUGUAAUUGCUCCAACUGGAUUUUUGAUCAGGAAUGCUGUUGUAAUCCUGUUGUUGUGUUGUGGUUCCAUACUUCAUUGAUAUCAACAGAGCACAUAAUAAAAAUGUUCCUCCUUGCCAUCACUGAUGGCACUCUUGAUCAAGCAUUUUCAUCCAAGAAGGCAUGGCCAUACAUCAGUGGCUCGAGUCUCCUGAUUGUCUAGUAUUGCCUUAAGUAGGAAUCACCUGGCUACAUCCCAGCUAAGUGAAGCUAUUGGUGGCUCUACUCCACAGUUGGAGAAGAAUCCUGAGACAGAGAAGAAAAACUUUUCUCCCAGCACUCUUUAUGUUAUACUCUAAGACAGGAGAUUCUGUGUUUUCUGGUCACUUGUUCUUGUACUUCUAGGUCCAGCUGGAUGCAAAAUAGCGAGUAGAUCUUUCAUCUGGGUUUUAGGAUCAUUUGAAAUGUGCAAAGAAUUAGUAGAGAUGUUUCUUACACAAGCUGAGAUUAAAGACUCUGUGCCACACUUGUUCUUUUUCUGUUUAAACUUUCAGGCUCAAAGUGGUUAACAAGUAUCAGUUCUUCUUUAUUGCUCUGUCAAACAAAGGUGAAGAAAUGAUACAACAUUUUGUUUGCCCUAAUGCCAGUCUUCAAAAAAUGGGCAGGGUGAUUUCAACAAUAUUCUGUAACAAGUCUGCAGCCAAAUUUGGACUUCUUUGCCAAAUUGAGAGGCAAAAGGAAAUGGAGCCCACUUCACUAAUGAAGAUUCCAGAGCCCUAGCUACACUGUGUUCUGUUCCAACUUGUUGCUUGCUGUAGAAUCACACAUGCACCAAUGCAAAUACAUAUGCUAAGUGGAGUGGACCAAUUUCUGAUGAAAUACUGCUUUAAUUAAAGAGUUGAAUGUGGGAUAAAACUCCACUAAAAGUAAAACCAUAAAGGUUUGGGUAAAUUGAAAUGGGUUUUUCCUUGUUGGAAAAAAGGAAAGGAAUUGUUAUUGUCCUAGGUACAUACAGUAAAACUGCCUUUCAAAUAAUCACCUAGUUUCUAUGGCCUGACAACACACAUAAGUAGCAUUUAUACUGCGAUUGAGGCCUUAUAUGUAAAUAUAUUUGCUUUUGUAUAAAAUACGCACAUCUGCAUGCAUAAGCACAUUCAGCACUGGUACCUGUACAAAUACAAAUCAUCUAUGUAUGGCCUUGAAACUCUUUCUUUGAGCUUUGCUUUCAGGGAGUUUGGGAGUCAGGCAGGGUCAGUGGAAUUUCAGCGUAUUUCACUUGGGGCUGGAAAGCUGGUAAGCAGCACUGUUCCAUUGAGUCAUUUGCUGCCUGGUACAUACUGACUCAUCAUAGUAUUUGGCACUGUGCUGCUGAAUGUGCCAAAAUCAAACAUUUUGCUGUUUUCCUUCACAUAUUCCCUGACAUUCUCCUAAGAGCGAUGCAGUAGUACCACUCUCCUGACUGUACUCCAAGUGAAGUAAUAAAAUAAUGUUGUUUCCAGAGUGCGUGGUCAUUUGCUUUUCUCGGCAGCAAUAUGCAGUGACUUUCUGUUAGAAGACCUCUUACUCAAAGAUCUUGGAAGAUGAAAGCAAGCCCUGACCCUUUCCACUACAGGAAUAAGGUUUAUAUCAGCUUUCCUCCUGUGCGUCAGCUAUGUGAGCACACAUCCUGCUAUACAGUAAAGAGAUUGAUUUUCAAAUGGAGGAAACAGACUUAUGCUGUCUUGCAUAAUUUAUCAGAAAGCCUCCCCUGAAGUAGAGAACAGAGAUACAGAAACAGAAUGGAACAGGGCCAAAGUCAGGCCUGGUCUAUGCAAUUAAGUGGAUUAAUAAUUUUGCAAUAUAAUUACUACCUUAUUCACACCAAGAUGAGCUACAGAAUUGUCUCCAAAUGUUUUCUGCAAGAGUAAUGGAAGAUACCUCAACAAAACUGAUAAUGCUCUAAGUUUCUGUUUCCAAAGAGAAUCUAAAACAAUACCAACAGUUCUCUGCCGCUUGGACUAUGGAAUGUUUGUUUAACCCAACACAAUGGUAAAAGCAGCCUGAAAAAGGGGAUCUAUCUUAUCAUACUAUAAGAUACUAUAGAAAAAAACACUUCAUAGGAAAUAGUUCUGUGAUCAUUCAUUCAAGAAUAAUAGCUAUUGGCAUGCUUUAUAAUAAACAAGUUCUGGUUACUUGCUCUUA